AUGGAUACAAGGAACCAAAGUAGGUUGGGAGUUAUACGGAAGGAAGAGGACGUUGCAGCCGCCGUGGAGGCCGCUGCCCCCCAGACGAUCCAAAACGGCCAACAAGGCAACAACGAGGUGAAGUCGAGGAUGACCCGGAAUUUAUUGGCUUGCUCGAACAGCGCGUCAGAAGGAGAGAUUUGCGAAAAAAUGUCUGCUGGUAAGAAUGGGCCUGUCGAGCCGGGGCUUUCUGACGGCGCACGUUUCUCAGUGCCCUUAAAAAAGAAGGGGGAUUUUUGUAACGAACCUGCAUUAGUGGCACAAGAGGCAGGAUCGCCGGAGUUUUUUAUAAACGUUGCCCAUACACGGCAACUGCCGCGAGAGAUGCAAAGGGGAGAAGUGCGACGUCCGCUGGAACAGCCUGUAUUGCAGCCCGCAGAAAACGUGGCGGCCAACAACGGAUGCAGUGAAGCUUAUAGAUACCAAAAUGGUUCCCAACGAUUGGACAAGGUCUCGCCAGAAUCUUCCAAAAUGUGCAGUAAACCCACCGUAAAUGUUGUCUCAGAAUGUAAAGGGGGCUCCCGUAUUCUUGACACGCCUGUGGUUCAGACCUUGCCGGCUUUCUUCAAUUGUCUACCUGGUGCCAUGAGCAAAAACACCAUUCAAGAAUCGAAUGGCAAAAACGGCUUCCACUCAGCCGCCGUCUUUCAGCAUGACUCGGAAGAUGCCGCAAGGCGUGUCGUUGUGACCGAUGGAAACAGGAAUGCAACUCAAUCGGCGUAUUCGACGGAGGUCUUGCAAGGUGAUUUACCAUCUUCUAUAAUUUUUGAACUACAGCGCUUGAAACAUCGUAGGAAUUCAAGAACUCUUCCUGAAUCACUUGACCCUGCAAUCAACGCGAAGACACCCAGCCCAAUGCCAGUGACACUGGUUGGAGCAGGGAAUCACCACCGGCGGAAACACAUAAAAUUGGUGAGCUCUUACAUUCUUGGUCCUCUCCUUGGGGAAGGCGUGUUUGGUGUUGUUCGUGACGCCAUUGACACCUCCGCCAAUGGUGUCUUCCCUCCGCGUUUUCAGCGCGUUGCAAUUAAAAGUUACAAGUAUCGCCGGCCUGCUGCGCCAGGACCUGAUCCAAUAUAUGACCCUGUGGCGAGUUUCCCUCCCGCUGUUUCCUUUUCAAAAAAUGUUACAUGUACGCCUAUUUCUGAUUUAAAAAACCAUCAUAGUUCAAAGAUCCAGCGGAUGUUAGAAAACGAAGUUUGUAACCUGCAGCGGUUUCAUUGUCCUAAUAUUAUUCGUGGUAUUGACAUUUUUAGACGGUAUGGGAGGGAUUAUGUUGUUCUUCCCAUCGCUAUAUGCAAUCUGGAUCAAUUGGUGAAGGAAACCGUACAAUAUGAACUCCGCCAAAGACAACUUCAGUCGAACGCCGGGGCAUCUUUUCUUUCUGGUCAAGGGAGCAUCUUGCCGGAUAAUAAAUCGGGCUCUGAGAUGAUAAUCGAUCUUUCGUGUGCAAGUUACAUAAGCGCGGGUGAAACUGAGAUGAACUUACUUAGCUCUACACUGGGUGACAGCGUGUUUCCCCUUUUUUCUGCCGAUUUUGUGAGAGGUGUCAUGUAUCAGCUGCUGCAUGGAGUUGCGUACCUGCACAAUCAAGGCCUUGCACAUAAUGACUUAAAGCUACAAAAUAUUCUUCUUUUUGCCAACGGAGAAUUGAAAAUCUCAGACCUUGGUAGCGUCCUGGAAGAGUAUAACGAUCAGGGGACCCCGAUGUAUAUUUCUCCAGAAGUCUGCAAAUAUUUUUACUGUGCUGAAGAUGUUGAGGAUGAAAAAAAUAUGGUUAAAGUUGACGCAUUCAAGAAUGACAUGUGGAGCUGUGGCGUGAUUCUUUACUAUCUUCUUGUGGGGAGGCCACUCUGGGAAUGUAAAAUGGAUGUCUGCAAUAGGUAUCAAUUGUUUCGUGAGAUUGCUUCGCAAACAUCUCCAAUUGAUUUGGAUUACGUCCCUGAACCAAGAGAAACAACUGAAACAACAACCAUGAUGAUGGAUGACUCGUUAGGGAAAGGCAACAACACGUCUGAUAGCA